CCCAAACUCCUAGGCUCAAGCAAUAGUCUCAAGUAGUCUCCCGAGUAGCUGGGACUACAGACAUGUGCCACUGAAUGCUUGUUCCAUUUGAGAAAAUCUCAGAAACUUAUUUUUUUGGGCUGGAUUAGUUUUAGUAAUGCUGCAACUUUGUCAGAGCACUUGGAUUCUAAUAUCUUUCCAUCACCUGACAAUGAGCCAAAGCCACUUGGUUGACCCCCUUGUUGUGACCACCCACAACAGCACUCACUUGGGGACCUGCUGCAGAAAACACUGGUAACCAGGUGUGCACUUGCCAUAAUCUAUCUGCUUUUGCUGCCGCUGCAGAACAACUUCAUCUGUCUCUAUUUCCCACCUGCAGGGAAGUAACAGUGUCACACAAAGUGUGAUUAUACUAUAGUCAUCAAAGCAGAGAUCAACUCAUCCCUCACUCCCUUAAUCUCCAGCCUGAUUUUCAAACUCACCUGGCAUGGCAAGGCUCUGUGCUGACUCCCACACUCACUGUCUUUAUCAUAGAGGACAAUGACUUUUCACACAGCUUCUUUCUGGGGAAGUCGGUUCUAUAGAUAAAAAGGGUAUUAGGAUAAAAACCAGCUGAUUACACCGUGCCUCUUAUUAGGAUAAAAACCAGCUGAUUACACCGUGCCUCUUAGCCACUACCACCACUAAGAUCCUGACAUCAGACAAAAGUUGUAUUUCUGACUUGUUUAUCAAAGAUUGCGUUUUUAUUUUUGACUUUUGUUUCUCAAAGUGUGGUCUGCAAGCCAUCUGCAUAGGUAGCACCUGGGGACCUUGAUAAUUUCUAGACCCCACUCCAGACCUAUUGAAUCAUCAUUUUGGGAGCCUGCAUUUUAAAGAGCUUCUGAGGUUAUUUUAAACACUUUUUUAUCAUGGAAAAUUUCAAAUAUACAUUGAAGUACAGUGUAGCAUAAUGCCUUACUACUCAAAAUAUGGUCCCAGGACCAUCUACAUCAACUGCGAAGUUGUUAGAAGUGCAGAAUCUUGGGCUGCAACCUGACCUACUGAAUUAUAAUCUGCAUUUUAACAAGAUCCCCAGGUGUUUAGUAUGCACAUUAAACUUUUGAGAACCACAAAUAUUUAAUAUAAGGGACCCCUCUGUUCCCUAUCACCCAACACUCAUGGACAAUUUUGUCUCAUUAAUACCCACUCCCACGGGAUUAUUUAAAAGCAAAUGCCUAACAUUAAGAAUUUGUAAAUGUCACGUAGUCGGUGUUCAAAUUUCCAUAAACAACCAAGGUUUAAGAUCUUUGGGGCCAUUGUAAGGAUUAUGUCAAAAGAUGAUUCACCUCCCCUAGUUUCCCUGAAAAGUAAUUUCUGUUUACCCACAUAACCUAGUGUCUCUCAGACGCUGCGCACUAACAGGGACAGCGAACAAAGGAAGCUCUUGGAAGGGGCCGAUCCCGCUCAGCAUAAACACACACCUGUCUCGCCCCAACACCUGCCACACGGGCGGCAAAUGCUCCAUCUCCAGCGGAAGGAUAGAGAAACUAAGAAGGAAAGGUCUGUGUAACGACACGCGAAAGAAGCAAGAAAAUGAAAUGCUUAAAACAUCCUUCCACUCAAAAUAAUCUCUUUUCUUACUGUCCCAGCUAAUGGUCACCGCCAGCGAGGCGCAAUUUAAAUCUCCCGGGGUUCGUGAGGAAGAGGAAACGAAGAGCACAGAACGGGUGUGGCGAUUGGCCAGAGGGAGAGCCAAUGGUGCGCCAGGCUCCAUGGGGGGGUGGAGCUUACCCAUCGGCCCGCCUAACGCGGGUGAACCAAUGGUCGUCCUGCUCUGGCUCCGGGGCGGGACAAAUCUUGCCCCUUCCUGAGCAAGCUCACUGCCCGGGGUCUGGGCGCGCGCGCGGAGAUUGGCUGACGGCGCUGAGAGGAGAGCGGGGAUAGGUCAUUGAGAGGGCGGAAGGUUUGAACGGUCAACGCCCGUGGCUGUUGGUAUCCAUGCACAGAGGCCAUUACUGCGGCCUUCUGUCCAGUGUAGCGGCUAAGCCAGACUCUGACCUACGCAGUCGAGAAGCAGAAUUAUAGUCUGGGUAACUGAAUCCUUUGCCUAGAUUUCCUUUUAUUCUGCUCGAGUCUUCGCCUGUGUCGAUCCCUGUCCACUUUCCUUUCUCCCGCAGGCAAGUCUCAGACGCCAAACUUGAGGUAAGCCCGCAGCUGUCCGUCUCCCCGCGCCUUCACGGAGACUCCUUUGCCCCCUUAGGGUCCGGUCGGGAGCCCGCAAACGGAAGGGCCGAAUGGGCAUGAUCGCAAGUUAGGGGGCCUGGGUACCUUCCCUUGAGAAGUCUCGAGCUGUGUGGCCCGGAACAAGUCAAAGUCCUCUCUUCAUUCCACCUUUACAAGUCCUGAGGUUGCCUCUCGUCGGUAAGUUCAGGUUCCAAAGAAAAGAUCAAGCUGCUUCCAGCAAGUGUGAUUUAUGAUUUAACCUUCAGGCCAGGUUGUGAGUCACCCUUCAGGGAUGCCCCUUCUCCAGUACGGAUCCUCCUGGCUGGAAAGGGUGAAGGAAUUUGGAAAGCUGAAUGAACUAUGAUGUACCUGUGUAGACGAUGUUCUCCUUCUCCUAGCUAGCUUUUGUUUUUUCUGGGUAAGAACUAGGAGACCAUGUCUACAGAAUUCAUCUCAUCCACAAGAGAAGAGGAAAGCUCUGGCUCAGGGCUCAGUUUUAGGUCCAAUCACAGGAAGAUGUUAAACCUGCUCCUGGAGAGAGACACUUCCUUUACCGUCUGUCCAGAUCUCCCUAGAACUCCAGUGGACAAACUCCUUGGUGAUUCUGCAAACCUAAGCAUUUUGUCUGGAGGAACCCCAAAACGUUGUCUUGAUCUUUCGAAUCUUAGCAGUGCGGAGACUUCUGCCACUCAGUUUACCACUUCUGCAGACCCUGAUGAAACUGGUCACUUGGAUUCUUCAGGAUCUCAAGAAAUACAGUUAGCUGAGAUGAAUCAUCAUCAACACCUUAUGAAAUGCAGCCCAGCACAGCUUCUUUGUAGCACUCCAAAUGGUUUGGACCAUGGCCACAGAAAGAAAGAUGCAAUGUGUAGAUCCUCUGCAAAUAAAGAAAAUGAAAACAACACUUUGAAGCCCUUGAAGUUGCAGACACCCAUGAACCUGAGGUUUCAAAAGAGAUCAGGGGGGCCUUAUGUGUCUCCCAUUUCUCUGCUGGACAAUGGAAACUUGGUGGAAAGUGAAAUGAAAUAUCUGGGCAGUCCCAUUGCUACUGUCCCAAAAGUGAAUAAAAGUCCAGACCUAGGAGAAGACCAGGCAGAAGAGAUUUCAGAUGAAUUGAUGAGGUUGUCCCUGGAAGAUCAAGAGGCCAAGGCAUCGGUGAACGGAAGCUGCCUCUAUCGCUCCCCUUCGAUGCCAGAGAAUUUGAACAGGCCAAGACUAAAACAGGUGGUAAAAUUCAAGGACAACCCAAUACCAGAUAAAGUAAAAAAGAAAUAUUCUUCUGGCCACAGAGAGCUCAGGAAGGGUUUAGGUCUAAGGAAGACAGCCUCUGUUUGUGACAUUAAUAUCCCUCAGAUGCUGGAGGAAGAUUCUAAGCAGGGGGAUCUGACCGGUGAUUUCUCCAAGGUAUGUGCACUGCCAACCGUGUCAGGGAGACACCAAGAUCUGAAGUAUGUCAACCCAGAAACAGUAAGCAGAUUUCUGGAGAUGGUGGCUGCCUUACUGUUGGGGAAGUUCCAGGAUCUGAUUGAGAAGUUUUAUAUCAUCGAUUGCCGCUAUCCAUAUGAGUACCUGGGUGGACAUAUCCAGGGAGCCUUAAACCUGUAUGGUCAGGAAGAACUGUAUAACUUCUUUCUGAAGAAGCCCAUUGUCCCUGCGGACGCCCAGAAGAGAAUAAUCAUCGUGUUCCACUGUGAAUUCUCCUCAGAGAGGGGCCCCCGCAUGUGCCGCUCUCUGCGAGAAGAGGACAGGGCGCUGAACAAGUAUCCUGCACUGCACUACCCAGAGCUGUAUAUCCUUAAAGGAGGCUACAGACACUUCUUUCCAGAAUAUAUGGUGCUAUGUGAACCACAGAGUUACUGCCCUAUGCAUCACCAGGACCACAAGGCUGAGCUGCUGAGGUGGCGAAGCCAGAACAAAGUGCGGGAAGGGGAGCGGCAGCUGCGGGAGCAAAUUGCCCUCCUGGUGAAGGACGAGAGCCAGUGAUGACAGCAGCCGCUGGCUGCUAAGGAGUCACCAAAAGACACUACGGAAAUUCUGAGCAGAAACAGGCCCUCUACUGGAUGGCUAAACCCAAGAUUGUUAAAAAGAUACCUGUAAAACAACAGGCUACCGAACUAUUGAAAUCUCAUUCCUGGGGAUUGGUUAGGUUUCAGGAGAGCUGAACCUUGGGUGGUGGCUGAGUCCUGGAGCUGGCUUUGUAAGGCUGUAGCCUGGAUUUGCAUGGAGAUUUGUGUUGCUUCAGGGAGCUCUUGUGUUCCUCUUCCCAACUACUCACGUCUUCUCACAAGCCAGCCAGCUGCUUCUGUCCCUGGGCUUCUGGCUAUGCAAGAGAGUUGCCCACUUCUUGCUUUAUAUUUUCCUUUGCUUCUCCUUCUCCCUUUUUUAAAAUGGGAAAAUAAACACUGCAAAAUGAGAGGUGUGAUUGUGAGCCCAACCUGCUCCUAGAUCUGUAUAAGCAGGUGAUCACCAAAUUAAACUCCUUCAGACAUAAA